AUGUUUCGAUGUAUACCUUUGUUUAAAUGUAAUCGCCAAGUGGAAUGUGUAGACAAGCGGCAUUGCUCUUUGCCAACAGUACCUGAAGAAAUCUUAAGAUAUUCGCGAAGCUUAGAGGAACUUUUUUUGGAUGCCAAUCAUAUAAGAGAUUUGCCCAAGAAUUUCUUCAGACUUCAUCGUCUUAGAAGACUAGGUCUUAGCGACAAUGAAAUUCACAAACUUCCAUCUGACAUACAGAACUUUGAAAACUUAGUAGAACUAGAUGUAUCUAGGAAUGACAAAAAAAUAGACAUGCCACGACGUAAAAAGCCAGUAAAUAGAGAAGAAAUGUUAAGAAAAAAACUAUUAGCGGAACAAAAAAGGCGCAACAAAAUAAAGUCUAACCUUAAGCUAUACAAAGAAUACUUAGAAAAAGAAAAAGCUUGCUAUAUUAAAAGAAAGGAUACUAAAAAAAUUGUUCCAAUUAAAGAAAUAAAGCCAAGGCAACAGAGGGCACAGACACAGAGAAAAAAAUGGAAGAUAAACCAACAUAAUUUAAGAAGAAAGAAAAAUGAACUUAAAAUGUUACAAGAAAAAGAUACGCCACCUGAAGCAGAUUCUGAAGAUCCCACAGAAGAGUCGAAUCAGCCAAACUCUUCUAAAGAACUUCAUUUGCUCCAAAAUCAAAAAAGUGAUGAGGAAGAUGAAGGAGAACGGGCGUCGUGCUCGUCACUUGAAGUUGCUAAAAUUCAAAGAUCGGAAGCAUUUUUAGCUCGUACGAACGCAGAGUUACCAAGAGAGUUACAAGACAUCAAAACUGCGAAAUUUGAAGAACAAACGUUCUGUUUGUCUCAAGAUGUUAGCAUGAUUAUAGAAACGUCGGCAGUUAAUGAUAUUAAUUCAGAUUUAGAUAUUACGCUAGAACCAUCCGAAAUUGUGAUGUUUGAGACGUCAACCCCAUUUGAGGCUGCUCCAACUUAUGCCGAAACAUUAAUCGCUUUGCCGGGUGCUUCUACAGCAGAUAAUGAAGCUAUCUCCGAUUCAACGAAUGUGUCAAGCGUUGACCUGUUAGGUAGUGAAUUUGACGAAGCAUCUUCCAAUAUAACAGGAUUAGAAAAGACAAAGCUAAAGGAUCCAUAUGAGAAUAUACAAAUAGGCUCGUGGUUUGUUACAUCUUACCAAUGUCAGUUAAAGAAGAAUACUGCCAUAAAGUAUUUUAUUGGACAAGUGAUAAAUAUUAAUCAUGAUGAUAACACUUUUACAUUAAAAUCUCUCAGAAGGAUAAAAAACACCGUAAAUGUUUUUUCUUGGCCGAACAAAGAUGAUGAAGACUGUGUCACUAAAAAUUUUAUUUUUAAAGUAUUAAAAGAACCCAAUAUAAAUCGCAGAGGUCAGCUUAUAUUUGAUGAUGUCGAAAAUUUACUAGCUGAGUAA